CGGAAGUUCACGCUGGUGACCGAUCAUGAGCCAUUAUUAGCCCUGAAGAAACUCGGGCAUGAUCGGGAGAUGGGCAACAGUGCUACAUAGCAUGGACUUUGACAUUCGUCAUCGGAAGCAUGAAAUGCACAGGAAUGAUGACGGGCUGACACGACUGCACCGACCCAAGAAGGUCCCCAAGAGCGAGGAGGUGAUUCCGUGGAACGAGCCGAAGGAUGAGAACGGACCACGAGUGACGGUGAUGUGGACGCGGACCGACGAGCAUAAGGGGUGGAUUGAGUACAUGGAGCUGCUGAUUAUCCAGGCUUCGAGAACUGACAUAGAGGGCGAUCUUCUCGGGUUUCUUUUCGGAUCGGUGCGGCCGGGCCAUCACCAGCUAAUUGCCCAGGAGCUCGUCGUCCCACUCGUGCAACUGGUCGACGACCUCUCUCUCGACAUCUUUUCACAAAGUGACGAGAGUCCGGCUCUGCACGUCUUUACGUGGACCUUGGCCCCAUAUCUUCAAUGGACUGCGUACUUGGAGGAACCAGGGAGUGAAAGUGCCCUGCCGUCGCAGCAGGAGUACUUGAAGCUGAACGGAAUCAUCAAUCUUGCCUUCUAUCCGAAGCAAGAUACGUCUAAGGAGGCGGUUGAAGAAGAAGAAGAAGAAGGAGAAGAAGAAGAAGGCGACGUCGAAGAAGAAACGUCGGAGGAGGGGAGUUAUAGUGAGCACAGUGAAGGGGAGCAGAGUGUAGAGGAGGAGGAAGAAGAAGACGACGAAGAGGAGGAAGUCGGAUCGGAGUGGAAAGCCUUGCUGGAAGAAGCGGCGCACACAGACACCGAGGCGGAAGAUCCCGAGGCGGCACGUAAGAGGGAAGAAAUCGCCACCGGAAAGAGGCAGCUGGAGUUCGCCAGCGGCGCGAACCUGCGCAUCAACAACGACCCGACCCGGGAUCCGGAGCCCCCUAAGCCCGAAGAUGACGACCCUACGGCCACGACUCCGAGCGCAUCGCGACGGAGACGGAGUCGAUCCCCCUCCCCCUCCACCUCAGCCCGUCCCCCAAUUCGUCCACGUACCGAUGCGGGGGAUCGGCCUUCGUCCCCGGUCAUUAUCCCGCCGUCCCCUUGAUUACCUCGCCCUCUGCCAGAUCUCUACCCCCGUCACCUUCGCUCGCAACCCCUUCCCUC